AUGUCGACGGCCUCACACUCCUCACACGCCUCCGCCUUCGGACAGCUUGUGACCGGCCCCCCUGGGGCGGGCAAGUCGACAUACUGUCAUGGCAUGUACCAAUUCCUCACCGCGCUUGGCCGACCAGUGAGCGUCAUCAACCUCGACCCCGCCGUGUCCAACCCGCCAUAUCCGUGCGCUGUCUCCAUCACGUCGCUCAUCACCCUCGACGACGUGAUGGAGGAGUAUGGGCUGGGGCCGAACGGCGCCAUGCUCUACUGCAUCGAGUACCUCGAGGCCAACUUUGACUGGCUCGUGGAGCAGCUCGACGCGCUUCUCGAACCCCAAGGCGGCAGCGGGUACAUUGUCAUCGACACGCCAGGGCAGGCUGAGCUGUGGACUAACCACGACAGCCUGAAGCGUAUCGUCAACCGGCUGCUGAAGCUGGACUACCGACUCGCAGCAGUCCAUCUGACUGACGCGCAUGCGAUCACAGACGCCGCAAAGUACAUCUCCGCGGUGCUGUUAGCUCUGCGCGCCAUGCUUCAGCUUGAGAUGCCACACAUCAACGUGUUCUCCAAGAUCGAUACCAUAGGAGGAUUCGGUGACUUGCCGUUCAAUUUGGACUACUACACCGAGGUGCAGGACCUCUCCUACCUCGUCCGGCAAUUGGAGGAGGUGCCGCGAGCGAAACGCUUCGCGAAGCUCAACGCCGCGAUGGCGGAGCUCAUCGAAGAGUUCUCUCUCGUCGGCUUCGAGACGCUUGCCGUCGAGGACAAGGCGAGUAUGAUGCACCUCGUGCGCCUCAUCGACAAGGUCACUGGCUACGUCUUCAUGCCGGGCGGAACGACCGAGGAGAACCUGCAUGCGCUGUUCUCGAGCGCGUCCGGUACCAUUCCAGGCGGAUACGCCGACAUCUCGGAUGUGCAGGAGCGCUGGGGCGAGGGGCGCGAGGCUUUCGACAAAGCUGAAGAGGAGCGGUGGGAGCGCGAGUGGGCCAUGCGCAAACAGGCCGAGUCUAUGGCUGGCGGCGUUGAGGGCGCCGCUGGCGUCGCGGGCCAAGAUGACGAUAAUUUGGAACAUAUGGCAUAGAUGUCGUCUAUCGACUAUAAUAUCUGUUGUAUUUACGGUACAUGCAUUUUACGCAUCAACUGGUACAUUUACAACGGUGCUACGUGGCGCGCUGAGCACGCAGAUUCUCGAAAAAGGUCUCAAUGUCGUCCCGGCUCACCGCCUGUCCGCUCUGCACAUGUGCCGCGAGCAUGACCUUGAGCUUGUCGCUUCUGUCAGCGGAUUCUACCGGACACUCACCGCAUGCUCUCGUAGCCGUACAACGCUUCGAUGGCCUGCACACGCGGGAGGGCGCUCACGACGCGCUCCGUGACUGCCUCGAGCGUCUCAGGCGGCGAGUCGGCUGGCGGCUCGUAGAUCUCCUCGUCAACCAGCGGGAAGGGGAGGGCUGCGGCUUCCGCGUCCUGGCGUCAGCGGGCAACUUGGGCUGACGG